AUGUUGGCUCUUACGUCCGGCGGCAGGGACACCACCAGCCCUAACCCGGAAACGUCCGGGCGGCCCGACAGUGACGUCGACGUAAAGUUUUGCAUAGUGAGCGGCGAUCGUGAAAAGUUCAUUAAAGCGGUGGAGCGCACGGUCGGUGAUUUUUGCUUCCUCCUGAUUCGGACUCGAACCAGCAACGUCAACGUGCUAAAUGGCGAACGCAAAGACCGAUAUGUGCUCGAAGUGCGUGCCACCUCGAGCAAACGCGACGGUAGAAACAGAGUGAUUGCGCUCGAGGCGGACGCCGCGGUAGUGGUGACGAUUCUCGACACGAACGAUCUUAAUCCGCUGUUCUAUCCGAUCGAAUGCGAGACCACCGUGACAAAAGACACGCCUUUGCAUCGCAGCAUACUCAGGGUAAUCGCCGAGGACGCCGAUCUCGGCAGAAACGGCAAGAUUUACUAUAGCUUUGCCGAGGAGACCGAUCAAUUAUUUGGCGAUGACAAAACCGUGUACUGUGCCGACAUGCAAAACGGGCAAUAG